AUGUCUGCCAACGGAUCCUCUUCCCCUUUCCAACCUUUCGAGCCUCGACCGGCUGAACGACCCAAGGAUGUCGGCAUUCGUGAGUGGUUCCGCGUGAUCGCGCGUCGCGGUCGGUCGCAACCACGCGCGGCGCUUGGGCGCUUGGGCGCUGGGGCGCUUGGUUCGCAGUCGGCGAGCUCGUACGACACUGAACCCUCCACGCCCCGAGCAGGACAGGGGCGUGUACGCAACCGACCCGAGUCCAGCACUGAUACCACUGUUUCUUCCUCCACCUAUAUUCCCUCUGGACGAUCUUUCCGCGUCGUGUCAUUGCAUCUUGGGAUCGGCUACACCGCUGCACCGCUCGCUCGACGCGACGCUCCGUUUCCAACCCCAACCCAACCGCGAAACCGCGCGUUGGUGUCUGUGGCCCCCUCAUCCGAAAUCUCGUCCUCGUCCUCGCACCCGAUCCCACGCGCACCGUGCCAAAUGCAUGCAAUGAUUACCAACCCACCUGCGAUGUCCUCCACCAGACGCGAUCGAGUUGUACUUCCCCAUGCGCGGUAUCUCCCAAGUCGACCUCGAGCAGUUCGACGGCGUCUCGGCGGGCAAGUACACCAUCGGACUCGGCCAGGAAAAGAUGACCUUUUGCGAUGACCGCGAGGACAUUGUUUCGUUCCUCAUGACCGGUCAGUUUCCUAUAUCAUCCUGUUUCGUUCUUGGUCGAGCUUCGGGGCCCAGCUCUAGUCGUCGCAUUCUUCCGGUCCUCUGCGCCGGCGUGUUCCCCCACUCUCGAGGCCUCGUCGCAAGCAAAGCAAGUCCGCAGGUCGGAAAUCUACUUCCGCCGCGCCACCGACACCUGGCCCGACACUUCCGCUUUAUCGCCAUCCCGAACAUACGCGAUCAGAAAAAACGAUCAUGGUCACACAACAAACUUCCAUGGUUCCGAGCUGACUUGUGUGCUCUUCCCCUCGCAGCCACGGCAUCGCUCCUCAAAAAGUACAACGUCCCCACCUCGUCGAUCGGUCGCAUCGACGUCGGUACCGAGACCCUGAUCGACAAAGCCAAGUCGGUCAAGUCGCACCUCAUGGACCUCUUCCCCGGCAACACCGACAUCGAAGGCCUCGACUCCAAGAACGCCUGCUACGGCGGAACGGCGGCCCUGUUCAACGCGUGCAACUGGGUCGAAUCGUCCAACUGGGACGGUCGAUACGCCCUCGUCGUCGCGGGUGAUAUUGCCAUCUACGCCGCUGGAGGCGCUCGACCCGUCGGUGGUGCUGGUGCCGUCGCUAUGCUCAUUGGCCCCAACGCUCCCCUCGUCAUGGAACGUGAGUGAAAAGCCGGCUCGGUCAUUCCGUUGUGGUGCUGAUAGGUCACCUUCACUUCCAGCCAUUCACGGUACUCACAUGGCCAACGUGUGAGUAGACCCAAAAUUUUCAUUCUGGACCCUUGAUACUGACCUCCAGCUCUUCCUGAUCCAGCUACGACUUCUACAAGCCCCACCUUUCCUCCGAAUACCCCGAAGUCGACGGACCCCUCACCCAAACCUCGUACCCUGGAGCGCUCGAGAAGUCGUACGACCACUGGCGCCAAAAGGAGGCGCAGCGACUGGGCAAGAAGGGGGACAUGUCCGCCGCCUCGGUCGAGGACUUUGAUUACCUCGCUUUUCACUCGCCUUAUGGCAAACUCGUACAAAAGGGUUUCGCUCGAUUGGUGAGAACAAAUUCGCAGGCGGGUUCUUCCUCCCUUCACUUGAGAACUGACUAUGUGGAUUACUCGUGGCCGCAGAUGUACAACGACUACCUCUCGAACCCGACGGCCGAGCGAUUCGCCUCCGUCCCCCCCGAACUCAAGGAUCUCGACCGAUCCAAGACCCUUUUGGACAAGAACGUCGAAAAGGCCUUCAUGGCCGUCUCGAAGGAGCCUUUCGCGGCCAAGACCGGUCCCUGCAUGUUGACGUCCAGGAAGAUCGGCAACAUGUACACCGCAUCUUUGUACGGUGCCUUGGCGUCCUUGUUGGACACCGUGUCGAGCGAGACAUUGCAGGGCAAGAGGAUCGGGAUGUAUUCGUAUGGUUCGGGACUGGCGGCGUCGUUCUUUUCGUUGAAGGUCAAGGGCUCGACGGAGCAGAUGCAGAUGCAGUUGAGCUUGCAGCAGCGAUUGGGCAAGACUGAGGUCAGGUCCUGCCAGGAGUAUCUUGAUGCUCUUCAGGUAAGUCGAUACUCACAGUUCGGCCACUAGUUAUUCUCACGUGUCAGCCAUACUAAGUGGCAUGAACCCUUUUUCUUUCGUCUUGUAGCUCCGAGAACACAAACACAACAUCGACAACUGGACACCCGACGGCAAGAUUGAGGACAUCGCGGAAGGCACCUACUACCUCGUCAAGAACGACGAGAAGCACCGUCGAACCUACGUCUUGCGAGGAUCCGAGCAAUGA